AUGACCUUCUCUACGGUAUCAGGCAUCUCGAUAUCGAGUCUGCUGGCUCUCCUCCCUGCCAGCUUGGCCAUCUACGCCAUUGGACUCAUUGUCUAUCGCGUCUACUUCCAUCCUCUGGCCAAGUAUCCGGGACCGUUCCUCGCGAAGAUCACGGAUCUCCAUCAGACAUACCAUGCCCUAAAGGGAGACCGGCAUCUCCAAUUCUGGCGCUGCCACGAGCAAUAUGGCCCAGUGUUCCGAUUCGGGCCAAACAGCCUUUCCUUCAACAGCAACACAGCAUUGAAGGAGAUCUACGGCUUCAAAGCAAACGUUCAGAAAGCAAAGUUCUACGAAGCGUUCUGGGCGACUAAAUAUUCAGCUAGCACGCAUAGCUCGAUUGAUAAGUCAAUCCAUGCGCGAAAGCGAAGAGUCCUCAGCCAUGCCUUCUCCGACGCCGCGAUCAAGUCGAUGGAGAACCAUAUCCUGGCCCACGUCCGCCAAUUCUGCGAGAAUCUCGCGGGUCUGACGAACUUUGCGAAUCAGCAGAAUUCAGAGAACAAAGGCUAUGGCGAGGCUGUCGACGUCUCCGAUCAGGCCAAUUACCUGACCUUCGAUAUCAUGGGCGACCUCUGCUUCGGCAAGGCAUUUGGAAUGCUGUCAGCGCCCACCAAUCGCUUCGCCAUUGAUCUGAUUGGAAACGCCGCCCACCGCCAUCUGAUCUGCGGCACAUAUCUCCCGAUCCAUGAAUACCACCUCGACAAGCUCUUCUUCCGCAAGAUUGCCGCUGGCCGAGCCCGCUACAUGCAAUAUAGCAAAGCACAAGCGGCCGAACGAAUGAAAAUGGGCAUGGACGUCGACCGAAAGGAUUUCUUCUACUACCUCCUCAAAGCCAAAGACCCAGAAACCGGAAAUGGGUUCACGACGCCUGAACUCUGGGGCGAAAGCAACCUGCUCAUCAUCGCAGGAUCCGAUACCACAUCCACGGCUCUAACAGCAGCAAUCUUCUACCUCGUGCACAACCCCUCCAAACUCGCCAAACUCAACGAUGAAAUUCGCUCCGCCUUCACCGAAACAGAAGACAUCCGCAUGGGCUCCACACUCUCCUCCCUCCCCUACCUCCGUGCCUCCCUCGACGAAGCAAUGCGUCUCUCCCCCUCCGUAGGCGGACUCCUCCCCCGCGAAGUCCUCGCUGGCGGAAUGCGCAUCGACGGCCACGCCAUCCCCGCCGGGACAGUGGUCGGCGUGCCACACUACGCAAUUCACCAUAACGAGGCGUACUACCCCGAUCCCUUUACUUUCUCACCCGAACGCUGGCUCGCAACUCCCGAGGCUGUUGGUCUUGCUCAAUCCGCUUUCUGUCCGUUUUCGGUCGGUCCGAGAGGGUGUAUUGGGAAGGGAAUGGCUUAUGCGGAGAUGGGCAUGGCGUUGGCGAGGGUGGUGCAUAUGUAUGACAUGCGAUUGAAGCCCGGGUCGUCUGUUGGAGAGGGUAGCCCAAUGAGCAAGGAGGUAGGGAGGCAGAGGAGGGGAGAGUUUCAGUUGAAGGAUUCGUUUACGAGUAUGAAGGAGGGGCCGUUGGUGGAGUUUAGGGCGAGGUCUUAG